AUGGCAGACAAAAAGAUAACCGGAGAAGUGAUCGGAAUCGACCUAGGCACGACCUUCUCCUGCGUGGCCGUCGCCGGAAAGGACCGUACGAUAGAAAUCAUAGCCAAUGACCAAGGAAACCGGACAACCCCUUCCUGGGUCGCCUUCUCCCCUGCCUCCGCCGGCUCCGAACGUCUCAUCGGGGAAGCCGCCAAGAAUCAGGCCACUCUCAACCCGCGCGGGACAAUCUUCGACGUCAAGCGACUCAUCGGCAAAAAAUUCGACGACCCAGAAGUCCAAAACGACCUCAAAUACCUGCCCUACCCCGUCGUGGAGAGAGACGGAAAGCCGUGCGUCGAAGUGGAAGUUAACGGCGAGCUGAAAACUUUCACGCCGGAAGAAAUAAGCGCCAUGGUGCUAGGGAAAAUGAAGGAGACGGCUGAAUCGUUCCUUGGGAAGGAAGUAACCAACGCCGUGGUCACUGUCCCAGCCUACUUCAAUGACUCCCAGAGGCAAGCCACGAAGGACGCCGGCACUAUCUCCGGGCUCAAUGUUUUACGAAUAAUCAACGAGCCGACUGCCGGCGCCCUAGCCUAUGGUGUGAAGCUUGAUUCGAAGAGGAAGGUGAAUAUUCUUGUGUAUGAUUUAGGUGGCGGGACGUUCGACGUCAGUGUCUUGAAUAUCGACAACUGCGUGUUUCAGGUGCUUGCAACGGGAGGUAACACGCAUCUCGGCGGUGGCGAUUUCGACCAGAGAGUGAUGGACUAUUUUGUGGACUUGAUCAAGAGAAAGUACAAGAAGGAUAUCAGUGAAGAUCGGAAAGCUCUUGGAAAGCUGCGGAGGGAAUGCGAGAGGGUGAAAAGGGUACUUAGCAGUCAAACACAAGCUAGGGUAGAGAUUGAUUCCUUAACAGAGGGGAUGGACCUUUCGGAGCCACUAACGAGGGCAAGAUUUGAAAUUUUGAAUUUGGAUUUCUUCGAGAGGACAUUAGAGGUGGUGAAGAAGACGUUGGAGGUGGUGAAGAGAACAUUGGCAGAUGCAAAGGUGAGGAAGGAACAGAUUGAUGAGAUUGUGUUGGUUGGUGGAAGCACGAGAAUUCCUAGGGUUAGAGAGAUGCUGAAGAAGGCUUUUGAUGGGAAGGAGCCGAGCAAAGGGAUUAAUGCUGACGAAGCCGUGGCUUAUGGGGCUGCUGUGCAAGGUGCUAUGCUCAGUAGCGACCAAGAUGGACUUGUGGUAGGUGUAAUUCUAUCCGAUGUCACUCCCUUGAGUUUGGGGAUCGGAAUCAAAGGUGAUCUGAUGUCUGUAGUAAUACCCAGAAACACAGUCAUUCCUACCGAGUUCACAAGUGACCAGUAUUUCACUGUUUAUGACCACCAAACUGCUGCAAAUAUCAAUGUUUAUCAAGGUGAAAGAGCCCUGACCAAGGAUUGCUUUUUCCUGGGAUGUUUUGAACUAACUGGCAUUCCACCUGCACCAAGGGGAGAAUCUCGUAUCGAGGUGACAUUCCAGGUUGAUGCGGAUGGAAUCUUAAAGGUUACUGCAAAACCAAAAGCAACCAGGAAGUCAAGGUCCCUCACCAUAUCCAGCUACAAAGGUAAUUUGAGUUCAAGGGAGAUCGAGAGGAUGGUAAGAGAGGCGCGAGAGAUGGCCGAGCACGACAAGCGGGAGAAGGAGCGUAUUGACGAGAGGAACCGAUUGGAGCAGAAGAUUUAUGAUUUGAACAAGUCACUGGAGAAGUCUAAGAUUUAUGAUUCGUCUGAUGAGGAGCGUAUUGACGAGGUUAAAGAUGCGUUGAGGGAUGCUUCGGAGUGGUUGGACGAGAACGAGGAUGCAUGCAUGGAAGAUUACGAGGACAAAAGACUGGAGUUGGAGUCCAUAUGGGAUCGUGCUAAUGAUGAUGAUUAUUAUCAUCUUGAUUAA